CAGAAUGUUCACAGAGUUAACAGGCACCCAAGUAAUGUGCAGUGGGCUGAUGGCAAUGAAAUCAAGGGUAUCGUAAUGGCAGCUAAUGCCUCCCUUGCUAAUGACACACAUUACCUGGAUGAGGAUUACUUACAUGACAUCGUGCUUUCUGAGAUGAACUCUGUUCCGUACACCAACUGUUCGACGACUCACGGUGUUCUAAGUCUCCAUAUAUUCUUCAUUUUUGCAAAU